UCAGGUGAAGGGGAGGGGCAGUGUCUUGAGUCACCUACAGCCAGUCACUCUUAGGCUGGGGAGUAGUGUUCAUCCUUGACUGCUGCCAGUGCUCCUGUGUAGCAGGGACACUGCCUUAAGAAACCACCAGGCAGGAGCAGAGUGGAAGAGCCUGUUUAAGAGGCACCGACACGAGGCACCGCCCUACAUCCCCUACAGUUACCAGAAGCAGCGAUUGGAGGUUGAGAGAAAAAUAAGGAAGUUUAACGAGCCCGACAAGCCAGAGGUUCCCGAGGAGCAGGUCCAGAAAUAUCUGCAGGAGUUUGCUGAGGCCAAGGAGGCUGGUCGCUUUGCACACCUUCCCCCGGAGCAGCUUGAGGUACUAGAAGAGGAGGUUAAGGUAGCAGCAUCUGACUCUGAAAAAGCAAAAGACCUUGAGGAGUUCCUGAGGGUCGUGAAGGAAGAGGCACAAGCCAAGAGCUCUGAGCCCCGACCAGAGGAAAGAGACGAGUCUGUGCCGCAGCAGCAGGCUCCUGAGGAAACACCACCUGCUCCUGAAGAGCAGGCCAUUCCCCCACCCCCGGCACUCCCUGCUGAUCCGUUCCAGGCAUACCAGAACUACAUGGCAACGAUGGACUCCCAAAUCACAAUGGGGCAGGAGGGGCACCUCAUCGAGAGGGGCAUGCACAAGGGCAAGGGCAUCGCCGUGUUCACCAGCGGCGGUGACUCUCAGGGCAUGAACUCUGCAGUGAGGGCGGUGGUUCGCAUGGGUCUGUAUGUGGGCGCCCGGGUGUACUUCAUCAAGGAGGGCUACCAGGGCAUGGUGGAUGGCGGGGACAACAUCGUGGAAGCCAACUGGUCGUCUGUGUCUGGCAUCAUCCAUAAGGGUGGCACUGUGAUUGGCUCGGCUCGCUGCAUGGACUUCCGCGAGCGGGAGGGGCGGAUGAGGGCAGCCAAGAACCUGAUUAAGCGUGGCAUCACUAACCUGGUGGUGAUUGGUGGUGAUGGCUCACUCACUGGUGCCAACCUCUUCCGGCAGGACUGGGUCUCUCUCCUGCAGCUCCUCCUCAAGAACGGAGAGAUCACGGAGGAAGAGUCCAAGACCAAUGCUCACCUCAAUAUUGUGGGCAUGGUCGGCUCCAUUGACAACGACUUCUGUGGCACCGACAUGACCAUCGGCACUGACUCGGCACUGCACCGCAUCAUCGAGGCUGUGGAUGCCAUUGCCGCCACCGCCUACUCCCACCAGCGCUGCUUCAUUCUGGAGGUCAUGGGGCGCCACUGCGGGUACCUCGCCCUCGUGGCCGCCCUCACCUCAGAGGCUGACUAUGUUUUCAUUCCGGAGAACCCACCACCGGAGAACUGGAGCGAGAAGAUCUGUAAUAAGCUGAAACAGGAGCGCUCCAUGGGCCAGCGCCUCAACAUCAUCCUGGUGGCUGAGGGUGCCAUUGACCAGCAGGGCCAACCAAUUACAGCUGAGGGGGUGAAGAAGGUUAUCGUGGACCAGCUUGGCUUUGACACUCGCAUCACAGUCCUGGGUCACGUACAGCGAGGUGGCUCUCCUUCAGCCUUUGACCGCCUCCUGGGUUGCCGCAUGGGUGCCGAGGCCGUGUUGGCCCUGAUGGAGGCCAACACUGAGACAGAACCCUGUGUCAUCUCCCUCGAUGGUAACCAGGCAGUGCGUGUGCCACUCAUGGGCUGUGUGCUCAAGACUCAGGCUGUUGCUCGGGCCAUGAAGGAACGUAACUGGGACCAAGCCGUGCAGAUGCGAGGGAGGAGCUUCGCCCGCAACUUGGAGACCUACAAGAUGUUGACCCGCCUGCGACCCCCAAAGGUCAUCGAGGGAGGCAAGGCUGCAAUGAUCAGGCAAAACACUAUUUGGGACAGAGAUGAACUCUUGGGCGGCUUCAACCUGGGCGUGAUGCACAUUGGCGCGCCGGCCUGCGGAAUGAACGCUGCCGUGCGCUCCUUCGUCAGGAACUGCAUCUACCGUGGUGACACAGUGUACGGCGUCCACGACGGCAUUGAUGGUCUUGUGGAGGGCAACGUUCAGGAGAUGACAUGGGCGGAGGUAACAGGCUGGGUGGGUCAGGGUGGCGCUUUCCUCGGCACCAAACGCACACUGCCGGACAAACACUUCGAGCAGGUCGCUGCUCGCCUGCGGGAGUACAAGCUUCAUUCCCUACUGAUCAUCGGUGGGUUCGAGGCCUACCAUGCCCUGCAGCUGAUGUGUGAGGCACGAAGCAAGUAUCCUGAGUUCUGCAUCCCUAUGGUGGUGAUCCCAGCCACCAUCAGCAACAAUGUGCCUGGCAGCGACUUCAGCCUGGGGUGUGACACUGCCCUAAAUGAGAUCACAGAGAUCUGUGACCGUAUCCGCCAGUCUGCACAGGGCACCAAGCGUCGAGUGUUUGUGGUGGAGACCAUGGGUGGCUACUGUGGGUACUUGGCAACACUGGCUGGCCUGGCUGGUGGAGCUGAUGCCGCUUAUAUCUUUGAGGAAAAAUUUGGCAUCCAGGAGUUGCAGUUGGAUGUCUACCAUAUGGCGGCUAAGAUGGCGGAGGGUGUCCAGCGUGGUCUUGUGCUCAGGAAUGAGAACGCCAAUGAGAACUACACCACUGACUUCAUUUAUCGUGUCUACUCUGAGGAGGGCAAGGGAAUCUUCAGCUGCAGGAAGAAUGUGCUUGGCCACAUGCAGCAGGGUGGCUCACCAUCUGUGUUUGACCGCAACAUGGGCACCAAGAUGGCAGCCAAGGCCGUCACGUGGCUCACCGACCAGAUGUUGGCUCACCGGCGGGAGGAUGGGACUGUGUUCUGCGAGGCAAAUUCCACCGCUGUACUGCUCGGCCUGCAGAAGCGCUCCUACAUGUUUCAGCCUGUGGUUGAGCUGAAAGAACGCACCGACUGGGAGCGCCGCAUCCCCAAGGAACAGUGGUGGCUCAAGCUGAGGCCUCUCCUGCGUAUCCUGGCCAAGCAUGAAGCUGCCUACCAUGAGGAGGGCAUUGUUGUCAAGGAGGUGGAGGAAGCUCUCGACUAAAAUUUCUCCGUAACGAAUAUAUCUCCUCUGGUGAUGUGGGUCUGAGUGCAGCAGUGUCUCAUCUCUCCCUGACUCUCCUUCACAAUAGAGUCACAUUUCUUAUGUUCCAUCUCAUCACUGCCUGGUCUCUGAUGGGUCACAUUGCUUGUUACUGAAAAUUAGUCAGUCUAGACUUAUUAGGCUUUUUGUUAUCUCUAUUCAAAAUGAUUAAAUUUUACAUGUUGCUUCAGCCUGCAAGAGCUUCUCAGCAUCCAAAGCCACUGUGUUCCUGUAUUGCAUGUGUGUGUGUGUGUGUGUGUGUGUGUGUGUGUGUGUGUGUGUGACUGCGUGACUGCAACUAUUCACUUAUUGUACUCAGUCCUUGGAGAUCAGGUUGUGUUGGGCAACUCUUUCAUUCAUGCGUUGAGUUCAAAAGGGCAUGAGAAGUCACAGCCUGCUCCUGUCAUUGAAGUCUUGUGUCACCUGUGGCAGGCCUCAUAAUGUACAUAGGAUUUUUUAAUUAACUUGUGAAGUGAGGUGCUGGUGCUAGGUGAGGACUGCUGCUGCUGCUGCUGCUGCUGGGCUCACCUCAUGCAGCACUGAAAUCUCCUUCCACUCUUGGUUCAGGAAUUUGGGCAUUAGAAGCAACUCCCUUUAUUUCUGUCAAGGACUUAAUGAUACUAUUUAAGUUGUCCAAAAGACAUUAAGGAGAAAGAUUGGAUGUAGGAAGGUUAUUGGUUGUGAUGUGCCGUAUUAAUAGAUCAGAUAGCUGUGGUCUUGUGAACUGGUAAAAGGAGUGCAUGGUGUGUUUUAUCUCAUGAUGGGUUGGUGAUGCAGUGAUACAUAGUUGUAAUCAGCAGAGCUUCCCUCUCCAUGGCUGGGAGGGAGAGGGAUGAGACAGCAGCAGUGAUAGCAGAGAGAGCAUUGAAAUGAGUUGUGUGGCUUCAGUGGUGUUUGUUAUGAAUACCUCUCUUGUUGCCUGUUUCCCCUCUGCUGUUAGUGAUGUACUCACCAAAGUGCAUCUCACACCCAUCUUGCCUCUAGAAUCCAUAGGAAGCCCUCAUAGUAAACCCUCACUGCCUUUGUUUGUCAGGGGAGAGAAUGCCUGAGGUGUCAAUUGCACAGUUCAGUGUAGUCAAGUACACUUGGUAUCAGAUUUUGUUUUUCUCCCUUUAAUCUGGAACUUGCUGUAAGACAUUUCAAGGCCCUGUUACUGAAUAGGUUCUGAUAACAUGAUAUAUUUCUGGUUGAAAUAUCAUUCUAAUUCAUGAAACAAAAUUCAUUAAGUUAUGUUUUUUCUUUUUUAUUGAUAUUUUUUAGUAGCUUAUGGACUGUGUCACAGAAACAUGCAUUAUGGGGGCAUCAGGCAGGAUUCUGUCACAAUCACCAGCAAAUUAGUUCAAUAUCACACACACACAUUUAUUUUGUAACUGAAGACUAUCAUGGACGGAACCCAUGAUGUAUCCUAAUAAUGGAAUUAUUUUAUCUAUAAUAUUGCCUGUGUGAUGAUAAGCAUAUUUAUACCACUCCUGCUGCAAUGUCGGCUUGUAAUGUUAGAAUGUAGGUAAAACAGGAGCAGUUAUGAAUGCCACACAGGUGGUGGUGUGCUGCUGUCAUUGCUUGAUUUGAAAGGUACACAUGUCGGUUAGUUUCUAAUGUCUGCUGUUCAUAUCUUUUUUUUUUUUUUUUCUGAAUGCCAAAGUUUAUCAUGUUUUUAGAUGUGUAAGGUGAGUGAGUGAGUGGAGGGAGGGAACUUUAGGGACUACUGACAUGUUCAAGUCAGCAUGUAGAGCAUCUAGUCAGGAGUUGCAUAAUGGAAAUAAGGGUUGCCAUGAGUUAUGUUCAUACUAUAACUGAACAUGCAGUAUUGGAUCUCCCAUGGUUUACAAGUUUGUGUGUAUGUUACAGGGGAAGGUAAAUGAGCAUUCAGGAUUUUUAAGGUAUAAAAAAAUAUUAUUUUGAUUUACACGCGAUGGAGUAACUCAUCACAAAUUUUAUCUAUUCUUUGAGAUUAGUUUUUGUUGAUCAGAGAAUGGUUAGAUUGUGCCAUAGCCCAAUAAUUCAAGUAGUAUACACAAUAACCUUAAGCCAGAAACCAUUCACCAUGACAACAACAAAGGGAAAAAACUAUUUACUGAGAACAGGUAUGUAAAACAGGUAUAUCCUGAACUCUACCAUAUAUAUAUGUAUGUCCCUAGUGUGUUGACAGAAGACAAAUAAAUGAAUAUAUCUUUAAA